UCCACUACAAGUUACCCGUCAUUACAAACGGGGUACACUUACACAGAUUUUAAACCUGUUGAAUUGAGUCUAGCUUGUAGUAGAAAGCAAUUGACGAUGAAGACGUUGGCUAAAGUUCUGAUGGUGUUUUGGCUGGUAGCAUCAUUCGUGCAAUCAGAAGGUGCUGUUAGUCCAUCUCCUGACAGUCCUUCAACUCUGGAUCCUGAAACUCUAAGUCCCAAUUCUCCAACUCCUGAAACUCCAAUUCCCAAUUCUCCAGCUCCUGAAACUCCAAGUCCCAAUUCUCCAGCUCCUGAAACUCCAAGUCCCAAUUCUCCAGCUCCUGAAACUCCAAGUCCCAUCUCUCCAGCUCCUGAAACUCCAAGUCCCAAUUCUCCAGCUCCUGAAACUCCAAGUCCAAACUCUCCAGCUCCUGAAACUCCAAGUCCCAAUUCUCCAGCUCCUGAAACUCCAAGUCCCAAUUCUCCAGCUCCUGAAACUCCAAGUCCCAAUUCUCCAGCUCCUGAAACUCCAAGUCCCAACUCUCCAGCUCCUGAAACUCCAAGUCCUAAUUCUCCAGCUCCUGAAACUCCAAGUCCCAAUUCUCCAGCUCCUGAAACGCCAAGUCCCAAUUCUCCAGCUCCUGAAACUCCAAGUCCCAACACUCCAGCUCCUGAAACUCCAAGUCCCAACACUCCAGCUCCUGAAACUCCAAGUCCCAACACUCCAGCUCCUGAAACUCCAAGUUCCAACACUCCAGCUCCUGAAACUCCAAGUCCCAAUACUCCAGUUGAUGGAACUACAGCUCUCAGCACUCCAGCUCAAGGAACUCCAUCUCCUAACACAGCUGAAAGCCCAGCUACUGAUGCAUCAACACCACCUUCCACCACCUCACUGCCUGAUCCUUGCAUCCCAAACCUGUGCCCACCAAACAGUCGCUGUGAGAAACGGUUUGACAAUUAUACUUGUUUGUGUCUGCCUGGCCUGGUGCUACAGGACAAUGUCUGUAAAACAUCAAAGGUCUUUACUGGUGAUUUAAGGAUAAAUCAAACCUUUAUACCAGCAAUGGCAGAUAAGACUUCUAAAGAGUUCAAAGGCACCUCUGAUCAAAUAGUGGCUAAGCUCCAGGAAGUUCUUAAUGGUACAGACGGUUACAUCACCUCCACUGUUCUAAGCUUAAGGAAAGGCAGUGUGGUCGCUGAGGUAGAGAACGUCUACGACCUCUCCUCCGAGGCCACUGAUGCAUCUGUCAGCAAAGAAAUCGCCAAUGCUGCAAACUGCUCCGACUGUUUCUUCGCAGGAGCAACUCUGAAGACUACUGAGCUGUGCUCGGCCACGGCCUGUGACCCAAUCUCCACUGAGUGCUCUGCUCCUGAUGGAGUGCUUAACUGUGAGUGUAAGGCAGGCUACGUGAAAACCAGCUUCACCGACCGCUCCUGCACAAUUUGUCCUUCUGGAAAAAAGGCCGUAAACAAUGAGUGUGUGAGCUGCUCGUUUGGCUACUCCGGAGUGAACUGCCAAGAAAGCUACCUUCUAGCCGUGGUAGUGGUGUCUUGUGUGUUGGGUGGACUAAUGCUCAUCCUCCUAAUAGUCCUCAUCGUUAUCUGUUGCAGAAAAUCAAAGAAAGCUCCUGUCAAGAGUAGUCCCUACGUGGACAUGGACUUCAGGAACCCCACGGUUCCCAAGAUUCCGCGAGCCAAUGCAAACAGUAAGGGCUGGGAGCCGACCAAUCUGGAGCUGGCGGAGAGCGGCAGCACUCGAGCCCUGUUCACGCCCGAUCGCCAGGGCAACGGAAUGAAGAACUUCAAGGACCAGAACGUGUCUGGCAUGGCAUACCGGACACACGGCCAUGUAAAUCCCUACUAUGAGAAUAACGAGGACCAACAGCGGAGAUACUGAAACCAUGGACUCCAGGCUAGUGCACCAUUCUGAACAGAAUUUAGAAUGGCCCUGAAGUUCCAGUUCAGCUAGUUCAUGAAUCCCAUUGCAGUUUGAACUGAGGUGGGAAACAGGACAAUAUUUCAUUCUGAUGGAAUACUGGAAAUACUUUUUUUUUCUAAAUUUCAAUAUAAUUUGUUCCUAAACAUGUCACACAAAUGACACAUGGACAUUCAAUGUUAUGAACAAUGAUUUUAUUUUCAACACUGGAUCUUCAAAGUACCUUUUAUACAGGAAAUCAUUAUAUUUAUUGUAUUUUACCUUUUGCUGGGAACUAUUUUUUAGUAGUGGAUAAUCGCCUUUAGCCGGGCGUACUGUCAUAAGAUGGACAGCUUGAUAAAUAAUUUCAUUGUAUCGGUUUUGCUUCACAAAAUGAUGAUUUAAUAGAAUUCAUCUGUUACUGUUGAAGUUCUUUGAAUUGUAAGUCAGUUACCUAUAUCAUCUGCCAUUCUAGUGCAAAUCCGACACCCUAUGGGUUGUGCUCACUUCAGUUUACAGUCAGUCACAAGUCAUAAACAGAAGGAGGAUCAUAUCUGAAAUUCUGAAUACUGCACAGCCCUGCUUAGAUUAAGUUAAAAUGUUUUUUUAUUUCAUUUUUUUCUGAGUUAACAGUUAAACAAGACCAUCUGAUUUAGCAAGUCCCCUGCUUAUGAAUGCAUGUUAUGGUUUUAAUUAAUGUAAAUAAUUAAACCAGAUUCUGCUACAAUGGGCUGGUACCCAGCGACAGUUAAUGGAUGAGAUUCAAGAAGUUGCUUGAAACUAUGUGUGUAUGCGUUGUGUGACUUGUGUGCUCAUCUAUGACUUUAACUCCAGUAGAUUUGAUAUAAGUCCUCUAGCAGUUGUCUUUCUCAAGUUUUCCAUGAUAAUUUCGUCUGUUUGAGCCAAGUCUGUAUCAUAAACGUAAGUGAUGCGGAGAUGAAAUUGGACUUAAAAAACGUUUUCAGUACUGUGGAAUUUUUUUUUUAACUAAAUGAAGUUUGUGUUAAAUGAGAUGGGAAAUAUUGAAAUUAAAACUCUUAACACAUUCACAAUAUCAGUAGACUUUGUGAGCUAAA